AUGGUCACAACAGGUGGCACAACUUUAAAAGACGACAUCCUCCGUCGACAAGAAGCUGUACACGUUGUUGUCGGCACGCCCGGGCGAAUUCUCGACCUCGCCAGUAAGGGUGUUGCUGACCUCAGCCAAUGCAAAACGUUUGUUAUGGACGAAGCCGACAAGCUUCUCAGCCCAGAAUUCACAGUUGUUAUCGAACAGCUGUUAUCAUUUUUGCACAAGGAUCGUCAAGUCAUGCUCUUUUCAGCUACUUUUCCAAUGAUUGUCAAGGAUUUCAAAGACAAACACAUGAUCAAGCCUUACGAAAUUAACUUGAUGGAAGAACUCACACUUCAAGGUGUCACUCAAUACUACGCUUUCCUGGAAGAGCGCCAAAAAGUGCAUUGUCUCAACACGCUAUUCUCCAAAUUGCAAAUUAAUCAGGCCAUCAUUUUUUGUAACUCGACCAAUCGAGUCGAACUUCUUGCUCGUAAAAUCACGGACAUUGGCUAUUCUUGUUUCUACUCACACGCCAAAAUGCUCCAACAGCAUCGUAAUCGAGUCUUUCACGACUUUAGAAAUGGGGUUUGCCGUAACCUUGUAUGCUCCGAUCUCCUCACAAGAGGUAUAGAUAUUCAGGCGGUCAAUGUCGUUAUCAAUUUCGAUUUCCCCAAAAACGCUGAGACAUACCUACAUCGUAUUGGUCGAUCAGGAAGGUUUGGCCAUCGCGGAAUAGCGAUCAACUUGAUCACAUAUGAGAAUCGAUUUGAUCUGUAUCGCAUAGAACAAGAGCUUGGAACAGAGAUUCAGCCGAUACCCGCUGUGAUCGACAAAGCUCUCUAUGUUGCACCUGGGAUUGAAGACACCCCUUCAAGCACACCGACACACGGCGGCUCCUCCGUGUCCACUUCCAAUGCUCACCAAGCCACUCAUCCGAAUCAGAGCCAGCAAUCUAAUCAGGCUCACCGGAAUGGACGUCAGACCAAUCACCAACCUUCUGACCAGUCGCACGUGCCACAACCGCAUGACAAACCCACUCUGCCCCCUCAGCAAUUGACCUUUCAAAAAGCUGCACCUAUAGACUCGUUGUCUCACGCAACACCCACCGAAUAUGCCAAUGGGGCACCACCACCAAACAGUUCACGUGUGAAUAAUCACAAGUCGACUCGUGGAGGUAAUGGUGGCCCACAUCGAGGCAGGGGUGGCGGGGCCCAUCGAGCGCCGAGCGGAAUCGCUCCGGCAGCUUGA